UACGAAGGGGUGAAAACUGUUGGCGAUAAAGUUGCUACCUUAUCAAGACACAUGAGUGGUGGCUCAGAUAACAACAGUGAUUCUUUCGAUGAUUUUGUGACUGAUGAUUUCAAUUUAUCACAUGCCAGCAAUACUUCCAGUGUAAAAUGUGAGUGGUCAUGCAGUGGAGGAUGUAGUGAGGUGUCAGACCGCGGCGUAGCGGAGCGGCUGGCUGGGAUACUAGCUCGAGGUGCUCGACUGAUCAAGACUGAAGUUUGGACAUGGGGAAGUGUACAACAUGGCCAGUUGGGCACUGGAGAUAUGGUCAAACGUCACAGACCAGUGUUGGUGAACCAGUUGUUGCACGGUGGAGUGGACCGGAUAGUGUGUGGGGACUCCCACUGUCUCGCCAUCACGUUGACAGGCAUGUGCUACGCCUGGGGAGCCAAUGACAGCGGACAAGUCAGUGCAGUACAGCGAGGCACAGAUCUGAGCUGCCCAGUGGCGUGGGGUCACGUGGUGCGAGCUGCGGCCGGCACCAGACAUUCGGUGCUCAUCGCUAGCGACCACACACUUCACUGGCUCGGGAAACACAGGAAUGAGGACAUGGCAGAGUACGAUAUGUUGGACAGCGAGAUUCCACUGCACGUCAUGUGUUGUGGUGACUUCACCUGUAUCGUGGCCGGCUCACUUGAUAGUGAUGUAGCCUCCAGCACGGACCUCGCUAGCGAGCAGUGCUUCUUGGAGGAGAUGCUCACAGUGCAAACCUCGGUCCUCAAACCACUAGCGAGGAAGUCUAACCUAGAUGACAUCAUUGCUAACUUGUGUUCCAAAUACACAGAUCUGUUACAACUAACUGCCGUAAAUGUGACGUCCAUGUCUCAAGGCACGAGCAGUUUCAAACUGCUACAGGAUCACAUGGAUGAGUAUUUACAGGUGUAUGAUGUAAUAUUUGGGCGCGCUCGUGUCGUAGACAUCCCUCCCAGGCUGGUGGCCAUCUUCUCCGACAGGCUACCGUCUCGCAAGACUUCCCCUGAGGCAAUACUCACUUGCGCUUUCACACAUCCCCUCAACAGGGUCUCUGUUUACAAGAUGAUGCUGUCCCGUGGACAGAGCCCUGUGCCUCCGGAAGCGCUCAAGUGGGAACAGUUCUGUGACAAACAAGACACGAUGCGCAAGCCAGGCCGACAGCACCAGGAAUGUUCUGGGAGAGUUGUGGCAGACUUGUGGAUAUCCUCAGGUGUACAAAAUACUUUAGAUUUGUGGCGAAGUGAUGGUUUUGGAGUAGAGAUAUUCAGACUGGCCACGGGAAGUGAAUCAAAGUUGCAAAACUUACGGUUUGAUAAUGUAAGUGGUGAUGACAGAGAAUUGAGAAAGUCCCAAGACAAAAUAUUCGACCUGCCCAUAUUCCUGUCCGAUGUGCAGCAGGCUCAUCAAGGAGGCUAUGCAAAAAUGUGGUAUAUGUCCGAGAAGGAAAAAUCGAAAAACAACAAGUUUUUUUGCAAUAACUGUCAGACACCGAUCUGCAAAGAACACACUGUAGCUGCAAUGCACAAGAUGUUCAGAGUGAAGCAGAAGAAACCAAUAAUGAAAAAUGUCUCCAGGUUCUCCAGUCAGUGGUUGAUACUGCUGUCCGAUGCUCUUGUGUACAUCUGUGGAGCGACACAGACAGUCUAUAACCUGGACACUCUGUGGGUGGAGACGAAGCCUGACAAUGAUACAAUCCAG